UUUUCAAUUAGUUGGUUGCUGGUGGGUGUCGGGUUACGCUGUAUCGUGGAAGACAUUCGUGAAUCGUCCGCACUGCACGUGUAAGGGAAACAAGACGAGACAAAGCAGCGUGGUUUGCAGCGUGCGUCGAUCCAGACCCAGCAGCCAUCAUGGCGGUGAAGAGCAAGAAGCAGCAGCAGCAGCAGCAGGAAGGGAAGAAGGGCAAGAAGAAGGCGAUGAAGGCAAAGGGCAAGAAGCCCGCGGAGCCGCUGGUGGCUCUGGAAAAGCAAACCAAGAAGAAGUAUGGCUCCAGAUCAAAGAAGAAGAACAUCCGCAAACACACCGAAAUCCUCCUCUCCGCCGUCGAAACACACCGCGAUGAAGUGUCGCAUGAAAUGCGUACAGGUGGACUUGUGCAUGAGGCGCCGGAUGAAGCGCUUUUUGCGGAGAUGGUGACCCCCAUGGGCGACACGCCACAAGUGGGCCGCAAGUUCAAGGCCCGCCAGAAGGCGGAGGAGCUGCGCACCAGGUACCACCCCUCCUCAAACAAGUUCAUCAAAGCCGUGCGCACCGUGAAGCCCACCCGCAGCAAGGCCGCACGCAAACCAGGCAGCAGUGCCUCAGGCUCAACGGGCAUCACAGGAAGCGCAGCGCCAGCAGCAGACGCGAAGCAGAAGAACAAGAACAAGAACAAGAAGAAACAGGAGGAAGCAACGCAGGUGCAGGAGGGUAGCACUGCAGACGAACCCGUCUUUGACAUCUGGGCAAGCGAAGAACACACACCCAAGCUCAAACAGUCCAAAUCACAGCGCAAGGGACCAGAAACUGUGCUGAACCAGCAAGCUGUGGAGCGGCCCCUGCAGGGCCAGUCGUACAACCCGGAGUACGAUGCGCACAGGAAACUGAUUGCUGCUGCGGCAGCGACAGAGAUCCUCGCAGACCGCCGGCAAGCGAGGUUACAGCGGCGAGCGCCGCGGGCUGCAAACGUGAAUCCAGCAGCAGCGCAGCGCGAUCAGAUGGUGCAGGUGGCACGCGAUCUUGAGCGGCAGCGACGUGAGGCCGCCGGUGAAGACCGCGAUGACGACAGUGACGAGGGUGAGGAGGGUGACGGUGAUAGUGGCCUGGAGGUGCCGGAACCAGGCAUGGAGCGAACCAAGAAAGUCACAGAGCGGAAGACAAAGGCGCAGCGCAACCGGCAGCUGCGACAUGAGCGGCGCAUGCGACGACAGCAGGCCCGCAAGCGCCAUCGCCUGCGCAUGCGCCAGUAUUCGCAGUUGAAGCCCAUCAGCAAAGCGCUGGACGAGCAGGAUGAGCGGUAUCGGCGCCGACGCGAGCACCGGCAACGCAGCGCACUCGACCGCCUCGCCCGCCCACGCCGUCUCAGCAAGUUCCAGAUCAAGCAGCCCCCACUGCCCGUCAAGCUGACCGACGAGCUCACACCAUCUCUUCGCCAAAUGAAGCCCGAGGGCAACGUGUUUCGGGAGCGCAUCUUCAGCAUGGUUCGCCGCAACAUCAUCGAGUACCGCGAGAAGAGCAAGCGCACCAUCCGACGGAAGCGCAAAUCAUACGAGAACCGCGCACACAAGAACUUUGCCCAUGCGUUCGACUCCAAGCUGGAAUCGUUGUAAGGACGAUGUUUCCGUGCGGCGGGCUGUUGUGGCGUUUGCUGUACAUUUAGUGCUGAACUCAGGCGAUUUUGGUAUCGGAGAGCGAGAGAGAGAAGGGGUUGCAUCUUAACAAUGAACGAACACAAUGAUGAACAAACGG